GGUGGUCCCCUCCAGGCCUCAAUGAGGAGCUCAAACAUGGAGAUGUUCAAGCAGCAGAAGGUGGAGGACUUUUACGACAUCGGGGAGGAGCUGGGGAGGUUUGUGCUGAUGUUUCUGUCUGCUCCCGAGUCUCCACCUGCCCGGGGCUGGCUUGGCUGCUGAUCCCGCGUGCCUCUCACUCCUUGCUUCCCACCUAGUUCCCGAUGUGCUGCCCACCUGGCUUUUGCGGCCAGUUUGCCAUUGUGAAGAGGUGCCGGGAGAAGAGCACGGGGCUGGAGUACGCAGCCAAGUUCAUCAAGAAGCGGCAGAGCCAGGCCAGCCGGCGGGGCGUGUGCCGGGAGGAGAUCCAGCGGGAGGUGAGCAUCCUACGGCAGGUGCUGCACCCCAACGUCAUCACGCUGCACGACGUCUUCGAGAACCGCACCGACGUGGUGCUCAUCCUCGAGCUAGUGUCCGGAGGAGAGCUCUUCGACUUCCUGGCCCAGAAGGAGUCACUGAGUGAGGAGGAGGCCACUAGCUUCAUUAAGCAGAUCCUGGACGGGGUGAACUACCUUCAUGCCAAGAAAAUUGCUCACUUUGAUCUCAAGCCAGAAAACAUUAUGUUGUUGGACAAGAAUAUUCCCAUUCCACACAUCAAGCUGAUUGACUUUGGCCUGGCUCAUGAAAUAGAAGAUGGAGUUGAAUUUAAGAACAUUUUUGGGACGCCAGAAUUUGUUGCUCCAGAAAUUGUGAACUAUGAGCCCCUGGGACUGGAGGCUGACAUGUGGAGCAUUGGCGUCAUCACCUACAUCCUCUUGAGUGGAGCAUCCCCUUUCCUCGGAGACACGAAGCAGGAAACGCUGGCAAAUAUCACAGCAGUGAGUUACAACUUUGACGAGGAAUUCUUCAGCCAGACCAGCGAGCUGGCCAAGGACUUCAUUCGGAAGCUUCUGGUUAAAGAGACCCGGAAACGGCUCACGAUCCAAGAGGCCCUCAGUCACCCCUGGAUCACGUCCAAAGGAGAGAUCAGAACCCCAGAACAGCAGAAGGCAGAGCCCGUCCAGCUGAAGACCAAGCGCCUGAGAGAGUACACCCUCAAAUGCCACUCAAGCAUGCCCCCCAACAACACCUACGUCAACUUUGAGCGUUUUGCCCGAGUGGUGGAGGAUGUGGCUAGGGUGGACCAGGGGUGCCGUGCCUUGGCAGGGGCCCACGACACCAUCCAGGACGAUGUGGAGACCCUGGUCUCCAUCUACAAUGAGAAGGAGGCUUGGUACCGAGAAGAGAGCGAAAGCGCCCGGCACGACCUGUCCCAGCUCAGGUACGAGUUCCGCAAAGUGGAGUCCUUGAAGAAGCUCCUGCGAGAGGACAUCCGGGCCACAGGGUACGGCCUCGGAAGCAUGGCCAGGAAAUUGGACCAUCUGCAGGUGCGGUUUGAAGCUCUGAGGCAGGAGCUCUCGGCAGACCUACAGUGGCUCCAGGAACUGGUGGGCAGCUUCCAGCUGGAGAGUGGGAGCGUGGACAGCCUGGGCUCCGUGUUCCGCCGGGACGCUGGGGACUUCCCAGGGGAACUGCUCAGCAGAUCAUGCAGUGAGGAAGUCUUGGCCAGCUUGAAGCUCUGAGCACGAGAAUCGAGUCAGUAAUGCAUCCUGGAUGGUUUGCUGAAACCUGUUGCCAACUGCUGGGGCAUCGACUAGAAUUAUCCUGCAGGGGUGUGUGUCUGUAGUGUAGUCUUCCACCUGCUUCACAGAAUCCAGAAUCACGGAAGUGCUAGCUAGUUAUUCGUUCUGCACCUCCUCUCAGCAACCUGGUUUUCUGGGAGGGUGGCUGGCAGGGCAGCGAAGCUGUUAAAACGACUGAGAAUGAAUACCCCUCAGCAUACCCUUCUCUAGAGGGAGGAUGGCUGGCCUGGGGGAGAUGCUUGAUAAUUGAUCUGUGAUAAUGGAUUUGUUCGCAUCUCACUUCCCGCCUUACGGAUUUGCAGGUCUUGGGUAAUGUUUGAGUUAGCUAGGGGUAAGAGUCAGUCAGCUUGGUGCUUUCUGGCUGCUGAAGGAGGGACUUUAAAUGCACAGAGAAAAUGUUCCUUUUCAUCUACAUGGACUUUUCCCUUAACAAGCAUUUAUGUCAUUGGUCCUUGAGAGAACUCGGUGAGCCAGGAAGCCUGUGGACCACCAGCAAGCCCUGGUGCGCAGGGAGUCCGCGGUCAACCUGGAGAACUUCAAGAAGCAGUAUGUCCGCAGGAGGUGGAAG